AUGCAGCUUAUCCCAGCCCUCCCUACCAACCUACUGCUGCUGCCCCUAGUGCUUCCAGGACAGCCCCAGAUCCCCAAAGGAAAUUUGACAAUCAGCCUUGUGAAUGGCAGUCAGAUCCAGCCAGUGCAUGAGCUGGUGACAAGCAUGCCAGCCUCCAUGGUUGAGGGUGACACAUGCCACUGUGUGGUCCAUCUGCCCAACAAUACCAUUCCCUUGCAGCAGCUGGAGAAGCUACAAAGUACAGCCCAGGAGCUCAUGGAAAAAUAUGAACAGGAACUCUCUAGGAUCCUGGAAAUGAUCCACAAGCUGCAGUCCAGGAAUUCCAGUGCUCUUCCUUCUUCCUAUGAAGCCCUGGCCUUCAACCUGCUGCACCUGGAGCUAGAGGGGGCACAGCAGUUGGUGACUCAGCUUAAGGCCAACGGAGAAGUGAAUGGGUCUACAGUCCUCCUCAACAAACUCCAGGGCCAGCUCAAUUGGAGAGGAUUUGCAUAUAAGGCAGGUACCUGGGGCCGAGACUUGGCUCCCAAUCCACCUUCUUCCCACUACUGGGUGGCCCCUCUGCGCACAGACGGCAGGUGCUUUGACUACUACCGGCUGUACAAGUCCUCUGAUGACCUGAUGCUGACGGAGAACUACGAGGAGUGGAAGAUGGACUGUGGUGAUGGCACUGGCAAUACUGUGUACAAGAACUUCAUGUACUUUAACUACUAUGGCACAGCUGACAUGGCCAAGGUAGACCUUUCCUCCGACACCCUGGUGCUGUGGCGCCCCUCGCCUGGUGCCACUUACAACAACCUCUUCUCUUAUGCUGUCUUCAAUGCCAGCACCCUAGAAGUGGAGAAAACCUGGCACACCAACCAGUACAAGCCAGCCCUGUCAAGGGUCUUCAUGGCCUGUGGGGUGCUCUAUGCCUUAUGCUCAUUGAGCACCCGCCAAAAGGAAAUCUUCUAUGCUUUCGAUACCAUCACUGGGCAGGAGCGUCAUCUAAGCAUCCUACUGGACAAGAUGCUGGAAACGCUGCAAGGCAUCAAUUACUGCCCCUCGGACCACAAGCUGUAUGUCUACAAUGAUGGGUACCUGAUCACUUAUGACCUCACCUUCCAGACACUGAAGCACCAGCUACCAAGACUACCAGCCAAAAGGCCCUCUGGGAUCCAUGCCCCACCCAAACCUGUCAAACCCAACACACCCGUCAGGCCCCGAGGCUCCAGGGCUUGCAGCUCAUUGGUGGAAGUAUGUCUUCCUCCUCACUUCCAGGUGGAGCACACCCCCAAAAGAUCAUCAGUCCUAAUGACUGGGAAGCAUUGA